UUAUUCUCGGAAUCUUGGCAUUUCAGGGAGCAGCAGUGGCGUAUGUGGCUGAUAUUUUUAAGGUGCCUACGAUUCUAAUAAAAGGUGUGACUGAUAUUGUGGAUGGCAAUAGACCAACUUCUGAAGAAUUUUUGGAGAACUUAGCUGCAGUCACUGCCAAACUUGAUGAGUCACUUACCAAAGUGAUUGACUUCAUCAGUGGUAAGUGUCUCUCAGACCUCUAACAAGUCAUAAUCAAAACCGUAUGUUUCAUCGAUAAGGUUCACGUAUGUGCAUUGGGAGAAAAAAGGAUAUGAAGAUUCAAGCAAAGGGCAUAGGUAGGGAAUAGGUUUGAGCAGAAAUUUCAUUUUAUCUCUUCACCUUUCCUCAUUUGUUCUUCUAAUUUUUGCUGUCUCUCAUAUGAUGAUCCAUCAUACAUGUAGAAACUCAGCAAAUUUUGAUACUCAACAACAGAAUCAGAAAUUUUUUUAGCCAUAAGAGCAGAAUAAAAGAAUCUCAUCGACCUUUUCAUUCCAUGGGGUUGAUAUUAGUGUUUACUCUUAACCAUACUUGAACUAGCAAGAAGCUUUAGUUAAUUUCAAUUUCAGUCUUUUUAAGUGUGAAAAUGUACAAAGACUACUAUAACUAUAACACACCCAAAGACUAUGUAUCAAGAGAAAAUUUUCGAAGAAUUGGAGUUGGGUUUUAGAAAGAGCCAAUGCAAUAAACAUGAAGUGCCUGAAUCCUACACCUAAUCUUCACCAAAUAUCAACUAGACAGAAACACCGCACAAGAUGCAGGUCAUAAACUGCAAAAGCUGCAGUGUAUAUAUAUGCCUUCAUUUUGAACCUUUUUGACAGACCCAAGAUUUGAGUCUUUGACAAGAGAAAACAGAUAAGAAAUGGGAAGCAUCGAUGCCACAGGAUUGGGUUCAGAGAAGAAAUCAAACCCGGGGAAAGCGACAAUUCUUGCUCUCGGGAAAGCCUUUCCUCACCAGCUAGUGAUGCAAGAGUACUUAGUCGAUGGCUACUUCAAAACCACCAAAUGUGACGAUCCUGAACUCAAACAGAAGCUUACUCGUCUCUGCAAGACAACAACGGUGAAGACAAGGUAUGUUGUGAUGUCGGAGGAGAUACUCAAGAAGUAUCCAGAACUUGCCAUUGAAGGAGGAUCCACAGUAACACAGCGUCUCGACAUCUGCAAUGAUGCAGUGACCGAGAUGGCAGUAGAAGCCUCCAGAGCCUGCAUCAAAAACUGGGGGCGUUCUAUUUCGGACAUAACUCACCUGGUCUAUGUCUCCUCAAGCGAAGCUCGUCUUCCUGGUGGGGACUUGUACUUAGCCAAGGGGCUUGGACUCAGUCCUGACACACACCGUGUUCUGCUCUACUUCGUCGGUUGUUCUGGUGGCGUUGCAGGUCUCCGUGUAGCCAAAGACAUAGCCGAGAAUAAUCCGGGCAGUAGAGUUUUGCUUGCCACGUCCGAGACAACCAUCAUUGGGUUCAAACCCCCAAGUGUGGAUAGACCUUAUGAUCUUGUUGGGGUCGCGUUGUUUGGUGAUGGAGCCGGAGCUAUGAUCCUCGGAUCCGAUCCAGACCCGAUAUGCGAGAAGCCUCUCUUUGAGCUUCACACUGCAAUACAGAAUUUCUUGCCUGACACAGAGAAGACGAUAGAUGGGAGGCUAACGGAACAAGGGAUAAACUUCAAGCUAGCCAGAGAACUUCCACAGAUAAUAGAAGACAACGUGGAGAAUUUUUGCAAGAAGCUAAUAGGAAAAGCGGGACUGGCUCAUAAAGACUAUAACCAGAUGUUCUGGGCGGUUCAUCCAGGUGGACCGGCCAUCUUGAACAGAAUGGAGAAGCGACUUAACCUGUCGCCGGAGAAGCUGAGUCCAAGCAGAAGAGCUCUUAUGGACUAUGGAAAUGCGAGCAGCAACUCGAUCGUUUAUGUGUUGGAGUAUAUGCUGGAGGAGAGCAAGAAAGUGAGGAGCCUGAAUGAAGAAGAAAACGAGUGGGGUCUGAUUCUGGCUUUUGGACCUGGUGUUACAUUCGAAGGCAUCAUUGCACGAAACCUUGAUGACUGAACAAACUGUGAAGAGUAAUAAUUGGGUUUUUCGUUUUUA